CCCAGCAGGAUGGUUCCCAUCGCCCUGGAGGUGAGCUGCAGCUUUGCCGCCUGGCUGUGUCUCUACAGCUGCCUCUGCCGCUGGAACCGGCAGCGCUCCUGCAAGUGGAGCUGUCGCCUGGUGACCCUCCUGCACGGGCUCAUUGUCACCUGCCUCUCGGGCUAUGUCCUGUUCCUGGAUGGCCCCUGGCCCCUGACCCACGCAGGCUCACCAAACACCCCUCUCCAGAUCCACGUGCUCUCCCUGACCUUGGGCUACUUCAUCUUUGACCUGGGCUGGUGCCU